AUGAUGCAAGCUGCCAGAAUUACUGCAAGUUUUCCGAGCUCCGCCGCGAACAACCGCAAGAUCAUUAUACAGGCCAACCCCGGAGAUUUUUCGUGGCCAAUAGAUCUCAAUGAAAUCCCCUGGGUUUCCCCUGCGUCGCAGCGUGCGGUACCCUCCGGCCCGAAAGUCUCCACUGACCGGCACCGAACUUCCCCGAUUACAUCUCCUACAACCUCUUGUCCGGCCACUAACAACGCGAGUCCCGCGUACGACUGCCCAUCCGAUGAGGUUCAGGACAUUCGUGCUGCAUGCGACCAGUCAGCCACGAGAUCCGACGAGGUUCUUCAAGACGUUCCUGUAGCCAAAGACGUCGUGUCGUUGGUGUCGUCAGAGGAAAAGUUGGAAGCUACUGUUUAUGCCAAGUCGCCCGGCACAAUAAACACUUUUCACUCCUCUGCGAAUGAGGAAACGAACACGUUUGCUCAGUUGGAUUUGAGCGGCAAACUGAUCAUCAAGGCGCAGCUGGGCGACGACAUACGCCGCAUUCCGAUCCACAACGAAGACAUUACCUACGAUGAGCUGAUUCUGAUGAUGCAGCGAGUGUUCCGAGGCAAGCUUUCCUCUAACGACGAGGUCACGGUGAAGUACAAGGACGAAGAUGGUGACCUGAUCACUAUUUUCGACAGCUCGGAUUUGUCUUUUGCGAUCCAGUGCAGCCGGAUACUGAAGCUAACAAUAUUCGUGAACCAACAACCAGUUCCAUUGGAACCGGAUGAAAUUAAGCAUCUCAGGAAGGAGCCGCAGGAAAUUAGGAAUGUUGUAAACCGCCUGCUGGACAGAUUCGAGCCCCGUCACUCUGUCUCCAACAACUCGGAGCCAGUGGACAGCGCGGGAAGUGCCCCACAGAAGGCCACAAAUGCUGUAGCGCCGAAGGAGUUUGACCCGCUCGCUUCAAAGCAGGCGGGAGGCGACGAGCCCAGUGCACAGAUAAAACCCAAAGGUGAAAACGGCCGGGUAGGCACUCCUGACAGCAUCUCGAGCCUAGAUGCGGCCGCCGCCACUCAGCAGCAACUUCACGCGAUGCAACAGCACCAAAUGCAGCAGCAGCAGCAUCACUACCCUCAGCACACUGGGCAGACCGGAGUCAGACACAUGGGUCAACCAGGAUCUCAACAGCCUUACGCACCUCAAGAACAUCCUCCACCACAACAGCAGCAGCAGCAGCCACUACCUCCUGCACAGCAGCAACCGGUAGUUCCUGGUGGAUAUGCAGGUGCACCAAUGCCGACAGCCAGGCCUGGCCCCACCCCAACUCCUGGGAUGCCCGGCCAGCCACCUCAGGGGCCCUACGGUCAGGCUGCAUUUCCUCAGGCAUCGGUCGGCCAGAGCAUGCCACAUGGGCAGCCCUUUCCGCCAGGCGCUGCCCCCACCGGGGCACAGGGACCACCGCAACCCGGCCCUCCCCAACAGAGCAUGCCCCAGGGCCCCCUCCACAGCCCGCACAACCACAGCCUCCAUAUGGAGUACUUACGUGAUGACGCGUGA